ACUCCCUUUCCCUUCUCCCACAAAAAAAAAAAAAAAACCAAAUCUUCCCACUUUCGCAGCAUCAGAAUAAAAUUCUUGAAGUGCAGUGAAAGCCAACAAAAGCACCAUCUCUCUCUUUAAACCCAAUAAAAACCCAACUUAUAUCCUCAUCCAUCUCAGACUUAGAAGCAACUCCCAUCCCAUUGCGUGCUUAAUUGUCCCAUAAAACCCAUAACUACAAAAAAAAAAGCCAGAGCAAAAAACAGAGCAAAACAGAGUGCUUAAUUAUCUCUUUCUUCUUCUAUGAAGGAGAGGGGCUUUGAUAUAAGCAAAGCUGGGAAAGUCAGGGGAGCUCCUGGGGAUAUUGGAUUGCUUCAAUGAGAUCAAGUACGCGAUUGCGGCAGCAGCUUCUUCUUCAGGGGAGGGAAUGAGUGAUUCGGCUUAUCGAGUUGAGACUACAUCAAGGCUCGCUCAAUGGAGGAUAGAGGCUCUCUCUUCUUGUACAUAUAGAAAGUCUGAUCCUUUCAAGAUUGGGAUUUGGAAUUGGUUUUUGACGGUGGAGAGGAAUAAGCAGUUCUAUGUGAAGUUAUACCCAGAGACAUCAACCUUAACUAGAGAGCAACCCCCAGUUGCAACCUUAAACAUCAAAAUUGUUUCCUCCUCUUCCCCCAAUAGGAAAACUAUAGUUCACCCAGGAAUUUGUGACAAGCAGUUAAAGAACAGUGAUGACUUCGUGUGGGCUAUCGAUACACCGUUAACUGGCAAAUUCAUCAUAGAUGUUGAGUUUCUUGAUCUAAAGAUUGUUCCCCCAUCAGGGGGAGAGUCAAUGUCAAUAUGGACAGGCCACCAAAUUGAAACGCGCUCCCUAUCAACAUCCCUCACCUCCCUGGCCCUAAUGCUCUCCGACGCGGUCCUCGCCGACAUCACCAUUACAGCCAGCGACGGAGGCAGCAUCCCCGCCCACCGCGCCGUCCUCGCGACUCGAUCACCCGUAUUUCGCAGCAUGUUCUCUCAUGAUCUCAAGGAGAAGUCUCUCUCCACUGUCCAUAUCUCCGACAUGUCCUUUGAUGCUUGCAGGGCCUUUCUCAAUUACAUCUACGGCGACUUCCAAGCCAAAGAGUUCUUGGCUCAUCGCCUCGCCCUCCUCAGUGCCGCCGACAAGUACAGCAUCGACGACCUCAAAGAGGCAUGCCAUGACAGUCUAUCGGAGGACAUUGACGCUAAGAAUGUGCUCGAGAGGCUGCAGACCGCGCACCUCUACGGACUGUCAAAGCUCAAGAGUGGUUGCUUGAGGUAUCUGGUGAACUUCGGCAAGGUUUAUGAGAUAAAGGACGAGUUCAAUGAGUUUUUAUUGAAUGGAGAUCGAGAGCUUAUAAGUGAAAUCUUUAGUGAGGUCCUUGCUGCUUGGAAAGGGUUUUAGAGGUUUGGUGUACGAACUGAUACUGUACAGAAUUUGGUUAAGUGGUAUGCGUGUGUGCAUUCUUUGGGUGAAAAAGAUGUACAUUUUUUUUUAAAUGAAGGGGAUAUGAUGAGAUCAUUGUUUUUCA